AUGAUCGAUAGUAGUGAAUUAAAAUUGAUCAAAGAGUUCCUUGAUUUGGAUGAUUUAAGUUCACAUUCAAGUAGUUUUUCGAGAAAUAAGUUUAGCCCCGGAGGUACACAACCUUUAAGCAAACGACCAGUCUCUGAGCAAUUAGAUAUCAGGAAUUCUAAUUUCAAAGACGAAAUAUUAUUCAUAGACCCCAUUACUUCAAGACCUCAUUCGGAAUCACCUGGGACAUCUUUCUUUCGAUCCAAAACGGUUCCUCAAUCGAAUUCAAGUGUUGAAAAUGCCAGGAUAUCUGUAACAGAAAAGAGCACCAUUAGUUCACCAUUGAACAAGAUACUUAAAAAGAAUAUCUUUCCUGAAUCAAGCAGCAGUUCUUUAUCUAAUUUAUCGCAAGACCUGUUGAUCGAAAUCAACGAUAGUAACAUUUUUGUGAUUAAGAAUGAUUUCAUUUGUGGGGUGGUGGGAAAGAAUGGUCAACAAUGUCUUAGAACACUCUCCUGUAAAUUUCAUAGUUUACAAGAUAAAUACAAAGUGCAAAGAACAGAGCAUUUACUGGAUCUUCUACUCAAAGAAGCAAAGUUUUCCCGAUUCUUCUUUAAGCAAAGAAAAUUCAUUUUACAUUACUUCAGAACGUGCAUCAAUGAAGACCCUAACCACGGAGCUAGGUCUGGUAAAGUGUUGCUUAUGUAUGAUUUGUUGGAAGAGGGAUACUAUCAACAACCUCAAGAAAACAUAGUGUUGGGAACUAAUAUACCACUCUCAGAUAUAGUGGAACCUAUAAGAAAAAGAAGAAGAAUCACUAGAUCCCAAGUAAGUAAGCAAAUACUUCGAAGAACUCCGGAUUCUUAUACUGAAUCAAACUCUUCUUCGUUAAGUGAAAAACCCAAUAAUUCACCUUUAACUGAUCUUGGAACGAACCCAGAGUCCACUGAUUCACCAAGUUCGCCCACGGAUUCGACUAAUUCCAAGAACAGGUCUUUCACAUCUGCAACUAAAACCGAGUCUUAUGAAACUACAUCCAAGACCGGGUCUUAUUCAACUUCAUGCAAAACCGAAUCCAAAACUGGAUCCAAUUGGACCAACUCUACUAACAGAAAAUCAUCAACAUCAACAACGUCCAAAUCCACUGAUUCAUUUACCUCCAAGUCUUCAUACAGUGAACAGAAUAAGAGAAAAAAUUAUCUAAGAAAGUUAAGUAAACAAACAUCGUCUAGAAUCAAAGAAACGGUAGCUUACUUACACUAUAAAUUCCAAAACUUCAAUAGGGAAGAGUUUUUACAUCAAUAUUCACAAACAAGUAAGGAUGUAGAAAAGUAA